UUGUUUCUCAUCAUUCUUCACACAAAAAAAACACAAGCAUCUUGAUCAAUUUCAUCUUAUUUCUCUCUAUACUUUUUUCUUUCUUGAAUCUUUUUUUAGAUUGAUUCCAACAUGGGUGUGAUCUCUUAUGAACACGAAGAGUGCUCGAAAAUCUCUCCAAGAAGGUUGUUCAAAUCGUUCAUCCUCGACGCUCACAACCUCAUCCCUAAAGUCUUGCCGGGAGCCAUCAAGAGCUUCGAGAUCUUAGAGGGAGAUGGUGGAGUUGGGACCAUCAAGUUGAUUACUUUUGGUGAAGGGAGCCAAUUCAAGAGCGCGAAGCACAGAAUAGAUGAAAUCGACGAGGAAAACUAUGUGUUCAAGUACAGUGUAAUCGAAGGAGAUGUUUUGGGCGAUGUUCUCGAAUCCAUAUCGUAUGUUGUGAAGGUCGAGGCUGGCCCAGAAGGAGGAUCGGUUUGCAAAACCGUAAGCACUUACCACACGAAGAAGGAGGACCACCACAUUACGGAGGAUAAGAUUAAAGAAGGGAAAGAGAAGGCUAAAGCCAUCUUUAAGGCUGUGGAGGCUCACCUCCAUGCACACCCUCAAGCUUACAACUAAAUCUCCUGCAUUAAUUAAUAAGUCCAUGCAUUGUGUUUCAAAUUUUCAAAGCUUUUCAUUAAUCGUAUAAUUAAUCAAGUGUGUUUGUUAUGUGUUUGGGUGUGGUUUACAAUAAAUGUGCAUGACAUCUUUAUGCAUGAAAUUUGGGUAUGUAUUGUUAGUGAAAGUGAUCUUGAAGUAUCGUUUAUGUGUAAUUUCCUACAUUGAAUAAUACGUUUUCAUAAAGAUUGUGGUUUUUGUUUUUUCCGAAUCUUUUAUUGGAUAGCGAAAUGAAUGAAGUUUGUUGUUGUGUGGUUUAAAUAAA